AUGGCUGAGAUUGUUUGCUUAGGGAUUCAAAAGGUUGAAGCAAGUCUACAAGACCAAUUGGUAUUAGUUGAAGGAACCGCCGCGCCUUCUGCCAUUGUGGCGGCGAUUCAAAACACUGGACGAGAUGCCAUUCUCCGUGGAAGCGGGACGAGCAACAAUGCCUCAGUAUGUAUAUUAGAAACUCAUGCAAAGGUGUCAAAUUCAAUUCGAGGUCUUGCACGAAUGGUUCAGGUUUCCAAUCAGCGCACGCUUGUUGAUCUUACCAUCAACGGCUUAUCUCCUGGCCAGUACUGGGCAACUGUACGUGACACAGGCGACAUUUCACGAGGUGCCACUUCGACGGGCGGAAUAUGGGAGGCUCUGAAGCAAAAGAUUCAAGGGUCUGAGGAGCCAAGAGGCAUCUUCGGGAGAGUAGAUGUCGACGAGAAAGGCAAGGGGAACGUAUUUCUUGACCGUCCGGUGGCGGUUUGGGAAUUAAUUGGCAGGAGCAUGAUUGUGUCGAAAAACAAGGACGGGCCGUUCAAGGAGGACGACCCGAACACUAUUGUUGGCGUGAUCGCCCGAAGCGCUGGCGUCUGGGACAACGAGAAGAUGGUCUGUUCUUGCUCCGGGAAGAAUGUCUGGGAAGAACGAAAGGAGCAAGUUGCCAAGGGCAUGAGGGAUCAGGUUAAGCUAUUUUCUUCCAUGGUUGAGUUCGCACCCUAA